CUCGCGGCUAGUAUAGUCUUGUUCUCCUCUCUAUAGUGAACAGCUUGGUGUUCGGACGAGGAAGGAGCAGACGUUGGACGGGGGUGUGUGUCCAGCAGGGGGUUGUCAGUCUUGGGGGUCUGGCCGUGCGUCCCCCUGGGGAUCUCCCUGGACCCGCUGACCUGCCCGUAAUCCCUUCUGGAGCUGGGGAGCUGUCCUGGCUCGGCCACCUUGACCCUGCCCCUCUGCUCUGAAUUUUGUGGAGUCUCUGGGAGAAUGCUGGUAAUCCCCAGGAAGAGACAUGGAGGGUUUGGGUGAAGUUGCUUUACCCAAAUGGUGCAAAGGCUAUGGUUAUGGUGGACCAGAACCACGAACUCUGGAACAGAGUUUUUCUUUACAGCAGCCUUGUAAAAUGUGCGUGGGCUACUCUGAGCCCUUGGGCAAGUCACCAGUUUCUUCGUUUGUAACAAGUGAUUUAUGGAGAGCAUCUGGUACAUGUUCUGGCAUCAAGGGAGUCUGCCCUUUUCCAAAAGGGGUAUCUUGAGGAGGAGAAUAUGGCUGCUCUUCUCCAGGCAGCAAAGUCCCAGGUGUUUCAGGGCUUGUCCUUCAAGGACGUGGCUGUGAACUUCACCGAGGAAGAAUGGAGAGAACUGGACCCCACUCAGAGAGACUUGUACAAGGAUGUAAUGCUUGAGAACUACAAGAACCUGGUCUCCUUGGGAUUUCCAUUUUCUAAGCCUGAUAUCAUCUCCCAGUUGGAACAAGCAGAAAACCCGUGGAUGCAGGAGAGAGAAGUGCCCAGACGCAGCUGCAUAUAUUUGGAGACCAGAAAGUCAAACCCAAAGGAGUUAUUUUCUGGAAAAGAAUCAUACCAGGGGAUAAAUAUGGAGAAAAGCACAGGGGCUGAUAUUCCUUCCAGUUUGAAGGAAGCCUGGGGAUAUGCAGAGAUCAAAGAGGAUGCUCAAGAUAGACUCUGGAAAGAAGCAACAGUUCUCUUCAAGAAAAGAACUUCUAUGGCCAAUAGUAACCCCAAAUGUAUUGGAUCUGGCAGACAUGUUAAUCUGAAGUCAGACUUUGUUGUACAAUCAAGACACCCAGAAGACGAGAGACUUUAUACAUCUGAUGCUCAGGGAAAGAGCUUUAAACAGAAUUCAAAAUUAGUAAGACAUCAGAAAAAGAGCAUAAAUGAGAAGGCUCUUCAGGGUAAUAUACGUAGUAAAAUACUCAGUGAUCAUUCAGUUUAUGUUCAACAUUGUAUAGUUCAUAAUGGAGAAAAAAAUAUGGAAUGUAAUCAGAAUGGGAAGACCUUUGGUUAUGGUAUACACCGCACGGAACAACAGAAAACUAAUACUGGAGAGAAGUCUUACAAAGAUAGGAAAGUCUACACCUGGAACUCACACCUUGCCAAACAUCAUCAGAGCGUUCAUGGUGGGAAGAUAUAUGAAAGAGCCUUAAUUCAGAAUGCACUAUUUAUUCCACAUCAGAGAUCCGAACAUGGAGAGAAUCCUUAUGAGUGUAGUGAAUGUGGAAAAACUUUUGGUAAUUACUCAGCUCUUACAGUACAUCAGAGAAUUCACACUGGAGAGAAACCCUAUGCAUGCAAGGAAUGUGGGAAAGCCUUUAAUCAUAACAUCUCUCUUAUUCAACACCAGAGAAUCCAUACUGGAGAGAAACCCCGUGAAUGUAGUCAAUGUGGGAAGGCUUUUAGUCAGAUAAGGCACUUUAUUCACCAUCAGCGAAUUCAUACUGGUGAGAAACCUUACGAAUGUAAUGAAUGCGGUAAAGCCUUCAGUCACAACUCAUCCCGUAUUGAACAUCAGUUUAUUCAUACCGGAGAGAAGCCCUACAAAUGCAGCGAAUGUGGGAAAGCCUUUAGUCACAACUCUUCCCUAAUUGUCCAUCAGUUUAUUCACACUGGAGAGAAACCCUAUGAAUGUAGCGAGUGUGGCAAGGUCUUUAGUCAGAGCUCACACCUCUAUCAACAUCAGAGAACUCACACUGGAGAGAAACCACACGCCUGUAAGGACUGCGGGAAAGCCUUCAGUGAUCGAUCAGCCCUUAUUCGACACCAGAGAACUCAUACUGGAGAAAAACCCUACAAGUGCAGAGAAUGCGGUAAAGCUUUCAGCCAGAGCUCAACGCUCAUAAAACACACAAAAACCCACACUGGAGAGAAACCAUAUGCCUGUAAAGACUGUGGGAGAGCCUUCAGCCAGAGUUCAUCCCUGACACAACAUCAGAAGAUUCACACCGGAGAAAAGCCAUUCAAUUGUUACGAGUGUGGGAAAGCCUUCAGCAGGAGUGCCCAUCUUAUUCAGCACCAGAGGAUUCACACCGGAGAGAAACCCUGUGGGUGUAAUGAAUGUGGCAGAGCUUUUAGGUGUAGUUCAGCCCUCAUUAGGCAUCAGAGGCUUCACAGAGAAUCACUCUGAAUGUGUGGUCAUUCCGACUCUCACUUUGUUAAAUACCAAAGAAUUCUACUUUCAUGAGUUACUAUAAUUGUGAUCCCCUCCCCCUGCCUUUUUUUGAGGGCUGAGAAUCCUUGCCUCCCAUUUUCUCCUGCGAAGAAUUAGCUGCCAGCAUACCACAAAUCCACGUGAAAAAGUACUGAUCUGGAAGCUGGAAUAGCCUGAGAGCAACCAUCGGUCUUUCUGCGUGUAUAUUUUUAUCGUGCCUGAAGAUGACUGAUGUCACCAUGAAGUGAUUUUUUCCCCUAACCCCAGGAUUGGGCUAUUCCAACGUGCAAAGGAAUUCUGGUUGUUUAAACUUGAGCUCAUUGCCCCUCCUUGUACUGAUCGGAAUACCGCCCAUGUCCAAGUCAAAUAGACUCAUGGUCGGUCGUAUAUUUGAAAACUGCCUUUCUAGAAAUCUUUGCCUUAAUGUAAAUCAUUCCUACUCCUAGAAGUACUGUCCUCACUAAAAGGGCUACUUUGAACUCUCCCUUCUCACUGACUUCCCUGUCCUUCUCUUCUGUUUAAAGUGUUAGCUACAGCUUGAAGUUCAACAGGGCUUGAGUUUCAGAGCUGAAAAGCACAACUGAAGAUAGAGGGGAAAAAGAAUUUUUGUUCUGAAAAUUGUAAGACAAAGUACUCUGAAGAAAUGGUGAUAUCUGGAAAUAAUUUUUGAAAUAUAUGAAAUUCUUAGUAACUUUUAGAAAUUGGAGGCAAGGAAAAAAAGAGUCCUCCAAGGAAGGGUCUUGUUAUUAGAAUCAGAGCUUUUCAAAUAAUGGUAGUUAACAUGUUAGGUAUAGCAAGGUCCUUUCAAAAAACUUUUCUUUCCUGGAGCCAGUUAGUUUGGGUUGUGGAGAAACAUUUGACCUUCCUUCCUUUAGCAGCCUCAUCUAUGAUAACCUCAUUUAGAAUGAAUUUAUAUGGUUAAAACUAAUUUAUGUGUUAAAACUGCUUGUGAUUGACUGACUUGUGUUGAGUGGAGGGAAGAUUAACAUACAUGUUUCAUCUCAAAUUCCUCCAAGAAGGUUAGUUUUCAGUAUUGUGAUGAGCUCAUUGUAUGAUGACCCCAGGCUUGAUUUGAGGAUUGCAGGAAGAGAACUUUGUUGAUUAAAGCAGGGCUUUCUGCUUUUUCUGAGGA